AUGGGCGUCGCAUCGAUACCGACAGCCGCCACCGUCGGCGUGGCCCUCGUCGCAUAUCUGGUAUACUCGGCGCUGGCCGGUCUCAACAAGAACAUCGAAGGCGCCAAGAAAAGCGGGCUGCCAUACAUUGUAUCCCCCGUCUCGCCGUUCUCGUUGCCUGCCCAAGUUACCCACAAGCUUUGGAUCCCCAUUGUCCGAACAUGUCUGCCUCGGUCAUGGUGGGAGAAUUGGAUAACUCACCCAGCGCCGCGAGCACUUCCCAAGCUCGUCGAGACCUACGAGGUCCUCAAGCAGUUUGGCGACAACACCCUGACCACCGAGGGUCCCCUGUGGCGCAUUCACCGCCGCGCCACCGCCGCGAGCUUCAACGAGCGCAAUGCCGCCCUCGUUUUCGCCGUUGCUGCCGAGCAGACGCGCGGCAUGCUCGACAAGUGGAUGGCUGACCAGGAGGGCCGUUCUCGGGGACCGGGUGGUGGUGGCGAAGGAGACAAGAAGGCUGGCUCUUCGUCUGCGUCGUCCCCGGGGCCUAUACGUACGAUUGACCGCGAUACGAUGCGUCUCGCGCUUAAUAUUAUAGGGUACGGAUCCGAGGUUGGUCAAGUAUACGAGCUUGGAGCCCGUGGAUGGGCAUACGUUGAGUUUUAUCGAUACGAUUGCGACGCUUCUGGAGAGGAUAUUGUGGUUGUUGGUUCUACCGCAAUGGCUGUUGAGUAUCUCCUUCCGUUGAAACGCACGCAAGAGGCCGCCGAGUCCUACACCAACUACGUCGCCUACAUGAACGAACUCCUCGACGAAAAGCUCCAGCAGCUCCGCGCCGGAAACGUCGACGACGCCGAACCCGGCAUGGACAUCAUGGGCCAGCUCGUGCGCUCCACCUACGGCGAUGCAUCCUCCACCACCGACGACCAGGAAAAGAAAGCGGCUCAAUCCGCCCCCACCGCCAGUGCCGCGACGAUGGGCCGCCUCGGCCGACCCGACAUCCUCGGCAACGCCUUCAUCAUGCUGGUCGCCGGCCACGAGACGACGGCCAACGCCCUGCACUUCACGCUCUUGGAACUAGCCGCCCACCCGGCCGUCCAGCGGGCGCUGCAGCGCGAUCUCGACGCGCUGCUGGGCGACCGGGAUCCCGGGACUGGGCGUACGAAGCGACGGUCAACGCGCUGA